UGCGGGCUGCAGGGCAGUAGCUCCCGGAGCUUCCCUGCGGGGCAGCAUCAGCGCCGCAGAGCAGAGUCCUACAGGGCGCUCGGAGGGAGGAGAACCUCACUCGACAGACGCCUCUUCUGCGGGCCGCUCAAACGGGCUCGGCUCCCAGAUGGCCAAUUCCCUCAACGGCCGCAACCCGCGCAAGGGACGGAUCCUGGGCUUCAUUGAUGCCAUUCAGGAUGCUGUGGGCCCCCCUAAGCAGGCGGCUGCCGACCGGAGGACGGUGGAAAAGACCUGGAAGCUUAUGGACAAAGUGGUGAGAUUGUGCCAAAACCCGAAGCUUCAACUGAAAAACAGCCCACCUUACAUACUAGACAUUUUACCUGACACUUACCAACAUUUACGACUUAUACUGAGCAAAUAUGACGACAACCAGAAACUUGCCCAGCUCAGUGAGAAUGAGUACUUCAAGAUCUACAUCGACAGCCUCAUGAAGAAAUCUAAACGGGCUAUAAGGCUCUUCAAAGAAGGAAAGGAAAGAAUGUAUGAGGAGCAGUCACAGGACAGGAGGAACCUCACGAAGCUGUCCCUCAUCUUCAGCCACAUGCUAGCAGAAAUCAAGGCCAUCUUUCCAAAUGGCCAGUUCCAAGGUGAUAACUUUCGUAUCACCAAAGCUGAUGCUGCAGAUUUCUGGAGGAAAUUCUUUGGAGAUAAGACUAUAGUGCCAUGGAAAGUGUUCAGGCAGUGCCUUCAUGAAGUUCAUCAGAUAAGCUCUGGUUUGGAAGCAAUGGCUCUUAAAUCAACUAUUGAUUUGACCUGCAAUGACUACAUUUCAAUUUUUGAAUUUGAUAUCUUCACUAGGUUAUUUCAGCCAUGGGGCUCAAUCUUAAGGAAUUGGAACUUCCUAGCUGUGACGCAUCCUGGGUACAUGGCAUUCCUCACAUACGAUGAAGUGAAAGCAAGGUUGCAGAAAUACAGCACUAAGCCUGGGAGCUACAUUUUCAGACUGAGCUGCACUCGUUUGGGACAGUGGGCCAUUGGAUAUGUGACUGGUGAUGGGAACAUAUUGCAGACCAUACCUCACAAUAAGCCUCUGUUUCAAGCUUUGAUUGAUGGCAGCCGGGAAGGAUUCUAUCUGUUCCCUGAUGGACGAAGUUAUAAUCCUGAUUUGACAGGGUUAUGUGAACCCACACCCCAUGACCACAUAAAAGUCACACAGGAGCAGUAUGAAUUGUACUGUGAAAUGGGUUCCACUUUUCAGCUGUGUAAGAUCUGUGCAGAGAAUGACAAGGAUGUGAAGAUAGAGCCUUGUGGACACCUUAUGUGCACUUCUUGUCUCACAGCGUGGCAGGAAUCUGAUGGCCAAGGAUGCCCCUUCUGCCGCUGUGAAAUCAAAGGAACUGAACCAAUCAUUGUGGAUCCCUUUGAUCCAAGGGAUGAAAACUCCAGGUGCUGCAGUAUCAUUGACAGCUUUAGUAUGCCCAUGCUGGACUUGGAUGAUGAUGAUGAUAGAGAAGAGUCUUUAAUGAUGAAUCGUUUGGCUUCAGUCAGAAAGUGCAAUGAGAGGCAGAAUUCACCAGUGACUUCCCCAGGAUCUUCUCCUCUUGCACAAAGAAGGAAACCGCUUCCAGACCCCCUGCAAAUCCCACACCUUAGUCUUCCACCUGUACCUCCUCGCCUGGAUCUUAUUCAGAAGGGAGUAGCACGGUCACCGUGUGCCAGCCCAACUGGAUCACCAAAGUCUUCUCCUUGUAUGGUGAGGAAACAAGACAAGCCUUUGCCAGCACCACCACCUCCCUUGCGUGAUCCUCCACCACCCCCACCAGAGAGACCCCCUCCCAUUCCACCAGACAACAGGAUAAGCAGACACCUCCAUCAUCCAGACAGUGUGCCUUCCAGAGACCAGCCGAUGCCCCUUGAAGGCUGGUGUCCCAGAGAUGUGUUUGGGACAAGUCAGUUGGUAGGAUGUCGAAUGGGGAAUGAGGCUUCUCCCAAACCAGGACUGACUGCAGUUUCAAACAUAAAUGGAAGGCACAACCGCAUAAGUUCUGAUCCAGGAUUUAUGAGGAAACACAGACGUCAUGAACUGCCAGCAGAAGGUGCCAAGGUAUUUUCAAAUGGUCAUCCGAUAAAUGAAGAAUAUGAUGUUCCUCCACGGCUUUCACCCCCUCUUCCAGCUGCCUCCGUCAUCCCUAGUUUAAAGUGUCCUGUUCCUUCAGCAAAUUCUCUGUCUGAUAAAUCAAGGGAUCACACAGAUGAUGAUGAUGAAUACAAAAUUCCUUCUUCACAUCCUGUAAUACUGAGCUCACAACCACCUCAUGGUCAUAAUAUAAAACCGCUUGCUCGGGUAUGUGAGAAUGGUCAAUGUGCUGGAGUAACGAAUGGAACGCACAGUGCUGCUACUGCUGAGAUGAAGAAAUCAAAACAUCCAGAGCUGGGAGAUGUCUGUGAUGCACCUACUGUUCCAGUACCUUUGCCACCUGCACGACCUCCUACCAGAGACAACCCAAAACACAGCUCUUUGCUCAACAGGACACCCUCCGAUUAUGAUCUACUGGUGCCCCCUUUAGGUGAAGAUGCAUUUGAUAACUCACCCCCUUCACUACCACCACCGCCACCGCCUGCUCGGCACAGCAUGAUUGAGCACACAAAACCUGCUGGCUCAGGAAGCCGACCUUCUUCAGGACAUGAGCUGUUCCUUCAUUCUGAUGCCCAUUUUGAUCCAAUAACUGGUCAUGUUCCUUUGCCACCUGCUCGUAGAGUAACUGGAGAAAAUGUCAAAACAAAUAGGACAUCUCAAGACUAUGAUCAACUUCCUCCCUCUUCAGAUGGUUCACAAGCACCAGCCAGGCCCCCUAAGCCACUUCCUCGGAGGACUGCACCGGAAAUACACCACAGAAAAGCAUACAGCUCUGACAGUUCAAUGGAAAACGUGGAUGCAAAGAUUGCAAAACUCAUGGGAGAGGGCUAUUCCUUUGAAGAAGUCAAGAGGGCACUUGAAAUUGCCCAGAAUAAUGUUGACGUGGCCCGUAGUAUUUUAAGAGAGUUUGUCUGUUUUCCCCCACCAGUUUCCCCACGUCUCAAUCUAUAGCAGCAUCAAGACUUCCUCGGAGCGUGGGAAUUCCACGUGUACAUGUGUGGAUGGAGGAAUGAAAGAAGAGAACGGGAUAUUUUCCUUUCAUCCUUAGUAGAAGGGUGUUUGUUUCCAGCCGUUUCUCAAAGGCUCAUGGCUGCUCUGAUCAAGACUUAUAAAUAUGCUGAGGCUGAUGUAUUUUUGCUAGCCAUACUUUUUUAAAUCAGGGUUGAACUGACAAAGUAAUUUAAAGAAGUUUACUUCCCUAGAACUUUUAAUCUGUGAAAUGCUUUUUCUUGUUUACAAGUUGACAAGUUACAGUUUUUCUAGUUGGUGCCUGUACUAUGUUCCUGUUCCUAUUUCCUUGUACCUGUGGUCAGUUCUGCUGUAGCAUUCCCAACAGUUUCCAUGCUGACCACCCCAUCAACUAAAUAAUCACUUUCCAGCAGUUCUGUGUUUGGGUUUUGUUUGGUUUUGAUUUGGUUUUCUUUUAUCAUCUUGCAAGAUGCUUUAAUUAUUGUUUGCAUUUCAGCUCAUCAAAUGCAAAAGUAUGUGGCCUUCACUACUGAUAUAUUUGUUUUUCCUUCUGAGAUGACUUUGCUUUUGAGAGAGGAAAUACCUGAAUGUAAAAUGCAUUGUUCUGUUUAUGAACUGCCUUUUUAAAGGUGUUUUGACAGUAAUGUUGGGCAGCUUUCUGUUUAACAUGAUCUCCACGACCUGUCAUUCUCUAUACAGUUUCCAUAAAGAAAAUCCCAACCAACAAAUAAAACACUUCCUGCAGUGGUGAUACUGAGUUCUAACAUGUCAAAGCUUUCAGAUUUGAGUAUUUGAUUGCAAAUGUUCUAAAAAGCCAAACGCACGUGACAAUACCGUGUUUUGACUACACACCACUGGCACCAGUUCUCCCUGGCCUGUGUAAACUGAGGCAUGCCAGACUAGAAGGAAUCUUUUUGAAUCCUAUGAAUGAUAUUCAGGUAAAUUCCAGUUCUAGUUUCCCUAAAGUAGAAUGCGGUUAAUUUCUUGUUUGAGUGAUUAUCCUGUGGUUCAUUGUGGCUUGGAUCGGUUUGUAUUAACAUGGAAACUUUAAGUCUGUGAUGCACUGUUCAUUUCUAAUGCUACUGUAGCAAUAUUUUUUUGCAAAGUUCAUAACCUUUUCACCUGUACACUUCACCAUUUUCAAGUGUGUGUCUAAUACCCAAAUUCAUUCCCUCUCUUUCCAGCUGCUGAGUUGGAAAUACGUUUUUGCUUUGCUUGGUUAGUGAUACUCCAGGCUUUCACAUCUUACUUGUUGAGCCCAAAUCGAUGCAGGCCAAAUUAAAAACCUUCCCAAAUUUAGAAAAGAGAGAGAGAAAACAACUCUGUUCUUAGUACACUCCAAGUUAAGAGUCCGGAUAUUUCCAGAAUAAUACUUAAGAUUGCUGCUUUCUUGUUUAUUUUCAGGAAACUUUGAAAUCUUCUUUGCUUUUACUGCUAUUGAAAAGAUAAAAUCAUGAGGUAGUUAGAAUAUUGAUCACAUUCGAGAUGUGACCAGUGUACAAGAAUUCUCACAGCGUGCUAAGAUGGUUGUGAGGUACGUAUUUAUUGUUCCCUAUCAGCUGUUGGUGUUCUCCUUCACUCAGAGCAAGUGGUAAAGGUUGUUUCACUUCCAGGAUCAGAUCUCAGCAGCCAAUGCAUUUGUUUUAAAGUUUAUUUUACCAACAGCAAAUGGCUGAAUUGCAGGAUCCAAACUAACUGGAAAUACCCAGUGGAAAUUACUGUGAUACCCAGUGCCAUCAUUUCAUUAAAAAAACCCAACUUAUUCUUUAAACUAAUUAAAUUAUUUUGUAGCAUCACAAAGCACAGUAUGGAUGUAAUUUAUCUGCUUCAGUGAUAAAAGGUGAUCAGGAGGAAUGUGGGUAUAAGGAAGAGCUUCACUUCCAUUUUGAUUGAAGCGAAUGAUUGUGAGUUUGUUUUAGAAAAGGGCAUUUGCACCAUCCAUUAAAUGUUCAUUCAGUUUUCAUUCAACAGCGUAUGAAAAGUAUUAAGUUAUGGUCUGUGCUUUUAGUUCGUCUUUUCUCUGUUUUGUGGAAAACUUCUGCAUAGCUUGAACCUUCUUGUUCAUUUGCUUUGUUUACAACACCACUGUAGCAUUUUAGCUAACUGUAUAUUCAAAAUGAUUCAUGCUAUGAAAUACUCUGGUUGUACUGGAAUGACUUAUAUGAGGUUCUAGGUUCACACAGCAGUGACAACACUUCACAAGGACGAGAAAACCAUCUGCAGAUUGACUUUUGAAGUUCUGAAUUGUAAUGGGGAGGUCAUUUUCCCACUGUCAUGCAGCAGCUUAGUAUAAAUUACAGGCUUGUGUUUCAGUUCCUGCCUGCAACUGCUGCCCGAUAGAGUAAAGGUUUUAGUUUUCUCCUCCUCCUUUCUGGUUGUGACCACCAGUGAUGCUUUUUUCAUGCAGUGUGUGUUAAGAAAAGCUUGAUGAGCAAUAUUCUGAGGGGUAACUUGAAGAGAGUUCCAUUAAUCUUUAAAUGAGCGUGCUGAUAAUACUUCUAAAUAGUGGAACGUGAAGAUUAUUUCAACCCCGUUUUGGUUAAUAGUCUUAAAGUCAAACGGAGCAGAAUUGCUUUACCCAGAGUGUUGAUGUUUACUCAGCAGGAAUUAAUAGGCUUAACAUAAAUUAAUCUGGCUGCAGUCUAGUUCUCUAAACACACAGUUCUCUAAACAUCUUUUAACCUUUGAAAGAUGUCAGGAUUUGAGCCUGGCAGUGUGUUAUGCACAUAUUUAACUUUAAGGAAGGCUGACUUCAGUGGAAGUGCUUGAAUGAAUAAAGUUGGUUAAACUCAGAAAUGUGCCAUCAUAUUUCUUCCAGUUAUAUGUCAUUGCAGGCUUUAAACCACCAUUCUGAUGUGUGUUGGCCUCACUUUUGGUCUCCUUUUUUGCUGAUUUACUGCAUUUUAAGCAAAUUGAUGAAACCAGAAGUUGAGCAGUGAGGGGACAUCAGCAGCAGCAUGUAUCUCUUCCAAAGACAGAAUAGAAAAAGAUUGGAAUCGUGAUAAAAUGAAUGAUUAGCUAUGGUAAUGGCUUGGCUAGAACCCUGAAAUGGCCCAUGGUUAUAUUUGUUAAUGUUCUGUAUGUCAAGAGUGCAUCUGGCACAGGGGUUUUCAUAAUGUGAAUUUAGGAAGUUUUGUACCAGGAUCAUUUCUUCUGUUAUGUUUCUCUCAUUUUCAGCUUGAAGCUUUACUUUGCACUGAUGACUCUGACCUGAAAGCAUUUAAAUUUGUGUCGUAAAGCUUGACAUAUUUUGAAGCAAACGAACACCGUAUUGUAAGCAAAUUCAAGUACUACCUGUUGUUGACCUGGAAUUCAGCGCUUUUAGGAAUGACUUCUUGAAAAAGGACUUCAGUAGUUUCCAUUUUGAAGGAUUUUCUUUCAAGUACCUUUUUUAUCUGAAAAUGCCUUUUAUAAAUUUGUCUAACAUGUGGCAAACUUAGUGAUGUGUUCAAUUAAUUUAUAUUUUAUUCAACAUUAUUUUCAAAGUUUGGGUUUUAUGUAUGCUCAAGUUCUUUAUCUGUUCAUGUAAGGUAUUUUAUAAAAUGAAUGUUAACA